AUGAGGUUCAACAUUGUCUUCGGCCUGGCUGCCGCUCUCGCUCUUGCUCCCAAUGCCGUUGCUCUCAACCUGUUCGGCCACCAGCAGGAUGCCACUCCCACCUCUGGUGCUCAACCCUCCGGCACUGUCCCCAGCGGUCUCCCCCAGGGCUCCAGUGGCUCUGAGGGUGGCUUCAGCGGCGGUGCCCAGGAGUCUGGUCGCCCCGAGGCCUCUGGUACCGUGCCCUCCGGCGUUGCUGGCGGUUCCCAGGGUGGUUUCCCCUCCGGUGGUGCCCAGCCCAGCGGUGGAUUCGGCCAUGGUGGUCAUCACGGCGGUCACGGCCACGGUGGUCAGGGCGGUUUCCCAUCUGGAGGCGCUCGGCCCUCUGGUAGCUUCGGUGGCUCUGGCCAGGGUGGUGAGGGCGGCGCUGCUCCUACUGCUACCCCCACUGGUACUUUUGGAGGCUCUAGUGGCCAGGAUUCUGGCUUCAUCACUGUCUCCGGUGCUCUCCCUACUGGCUCGGCUGCCCCCGAGUCUGGCAGCUCCUCCUCUGAAGGCACCCAGCAGUUUGAGCGUGUUCACGCCCGCCAGAUCCGCCCCUUCUAG